AUGUCUCUGUUUGUUAAGCUGUUUGGAGGAGGAGAAAAGGUGAGAAAGAUGCCCGGCCAACAAGAGGAGAUGGAGAAACUUCCAGAGAGAGAGGAGUUACUGAUGAAGAACAAAGAGCUCCUGAAGGUCAAGAUUGACCAGGAGCUUCUGCUCGCCAAGAAAAACAGCAUAACUAACAGAAGAGCGGCUCUGCAGGCGCUGAAAAGAAAGAAGUGGUACGAGAAACACCUCAAGUACGUCGACUGCGCUGUAAAGGCCGUGAGGUCGGCCCACGAGCACAUAGAUGUCGUCAACAAAGUCAAUAACCUCAUCAAGGACAUUACAGAGGAGCACGGUCUGACCCAGGACAUGUCAGACACCCUCCACACGUCUGUCAGCCUUGGAGUGGAAUUUGAUGAGGAUGAGCUGCUGGCAGAGCUGGAGAGGCUGGAGAAGAGUCUGGACGAAAGUCUCUUUGAGGGGGACAGAUCGGAGGACAGAGUCCCCUGUCCCAAAGCGUCGUCUACUCCAUCACCUCCCCAACCUGCCGAGACGGAGGAGGAUGAGCUGGAAGAUGAUUUCGAGUACCUGAGGCGCUGGGCGAACGAACCCUCACAGACACACCGUCGUCCACAACACACAAGCAUCAACAACAAAAGAGGAAAGGAUGGAAUAAAUUAGCAGAAAAAGACAUGUUAUAGUUCAGGAGUGUUUUGUGAAUAAUAAUGUUUAUGUAAAUAUUUCUCUUCUCCACAUCAAAGUGUCAAAGAAAAGAUUUCUUUUUUGUUUGUUUUUGUAAUAACCUGUUCAUUACGCAUGACAAAAACGACAGGAUUAAUAUUGCAGUAAAGUAUUAAGAGCUCCGC